UAGGUUGUAUAACGUUAUUAGCCCCGCUGGUUAGCUCUCUCAGGCUCUCUCUAAAAUUACCUUUCUCUUUCAUUUAUAUCCACCAUAGUUCACCGAGAAGGGAGUUCCCACAUUGUACUAGGUAGUUCCUACGUUUCCAUAUAUAAUCCUUCUUUAACGUGUAAAUGACUAAUGUAUACUCUACAUCGUGUAACUAAAAGUACGUGAAACGUUACUUUUUAAUUUCUUUGCAAUAGUUUCACAGCAGCAAAAUACAGUUUACGUCCAGUAUAAAUAUGUAGGUACAAAACAAUAUAAGUGCUUAUUUUGUAAUGGCGUGAGUGUACCAGGUCCAGAUGAUUGUAGUAGAUAGCCACUGAUUUACACGCAUUAAUUAUGAUAAGCAGUUGAUACCUCAACUGCUUAUGUCAUUGCAUGUCAUUAGACAUGUUUACUGUACAUUUUAGUUUUUUGUCUGCUGUCUCCCUAGUUAACCCUCAAUAACUAAAACGGGACAUAUUAUCUUAUGUAUCCCCGCUGGUGUCGUUUUUGAGUAAGUUCACCCUGCUAAACUUGGAUUGGGCGUUUGACAUUUGGGGAGAAAUGUCAGAAGCCUGUAGUGUAGCUGGCGAUCAGGAGGAGAGUUCGUCUCCUCGGGGUCUAUGCGAUUACUUGGUUUAAUGGAAAGGGAUGGGGAAGGUUUGUUUACUCUUGGAUGGGGAAGGUUUCUGGCAACACGUCGGGCGUCCGAUUCCGAAUUGCGGUUUCAAGAUAGCACUGGGCUUAUUCAGUCGCCCCUCUUCAGCAAGAAGAGCGAAGACCUCUUAGUCUUCCUCUGUAAUUAAUGGUGCUGUCAUGUCUUUCAUAUGGGGUACCAAACAGAACGCCCUGGUGUGCCAGGGAGCCAACAACAGAAGCUACAUAUGUGAUGCGGGCCACUGCUGCGGAGAGACGCAGUGCUGCAGCUACUACUACGAACUGUGGUGGUUCUGGUUGGUGUGGACCCUCAUCAUACUCCUCACCUGCUGUUGUGUGUGCCAGCACCGGCGCUCCAAGCAGCGCUUCCAGCAGCAGCGGCGGCAGAAUGAGAUCAACCUCAUCGCCUACCGCGAGGCCCGCAACAACACCCAGCUGCCCCUGUACCUCAGAUUCCUCCCCGACUACCUGCUGCCCACCUACGAGGAGGUGGCCGACACCCCGGCCAUGCCCCCUCCCCCCUACAGCCCACCAGAGUAUCCGGUCCCCCCCGACACAGCCCUCCACCCUCUGACGGCCCUCCGUCGCCCCGGGAGCGAGGAGGAUGAGGAGGAGGCCGCGAGGUGUUCCAGGGGAGCGGACCCCCUACUAGGCAGCACCGCCACGGCUGACCCCCUCCAGAGCCAGGCGGGCCCGGCCCUGAACGGCGGGAGUGGCGCUGGGGGCCCCGGGCCCCAGCGAGACCUGACCCCGGCCCGCUACCGGCGCUUCACGGGGGACUCGGGCAUUGAGGUGUGCGACGGCCAGGACCUGUGGGACCAGCAUGGCUUCCUGGGUCGUGAGGAGCAGGAGGAGGAGGAGGAGGAGGAGGAGGAGGAGGAGGAGGAAGAUGAAGAGGAAGGAGAGGUGAAAGAGGAGAAGGGGGAGGAAGAGGAGGAUACAAAGGAGGAGAUCCCGGCGUGUGAUAGCUGUAGUGCUCGGGCCGUCGCACGGAACCCGGACAUCGAUCAGGACAGAGGGACAUGCACCAGGGCUCUCAGGUAAUCCGCUGUGGGAUUCCAGAACAAUCUAUCCAACACUAGAAGGAGGCUGUUGAUUGUUCUUCUGGCACACACAUUGAGUUCGGAUGUUUGCUGUUUGCUGCGUUCAAAUGCUUGGACUGACACGGAGUGUGUGUUUGACGGUGGUCUUAAUGACGUGUACAUCUGGGGGGUCAGGGAUGCGGUUAAAUAAUCCAUGGAGAAUUUUGGGAAGUUUCGUCAAGCGGGUUAAAAAAUCGCAUUGGCUGUCCCAGUUUUGCCGAAAGGGGCUGGGUGUCCCUCCUAGAUAAGGAUUGAGGUCUCAGUCUCGAAUGUUGUACCCCAUACACUCUUUAUCACUAUGUGAACCCUUUGGGCCUGCUUAUUAGCGUCUCCACUUAGCCUUGCCUGGUGUCUUAGAAGGUGGUGCUAUAGAACAGAAGAAACCUACAGGAAUACGCGGGAACAUCCAAAAAUCCUUCCAGUUGGGGGUUGUGGCCCAAGCCAAACAUCGACCCUUAGUAGCUAGAGAUGGCCAGGCAGUGGAACCCCACCAUGCCCCCUGUGGUAGCAAAUGUAAUCUUUAUGCCAUAAUCCUAAAUUUAUACAAGAAAACAAAUUUUGUUUCAGUGGGUCUGAGGUUUCAAAAUGGAAAGAUGUUUAUGGAUCUGUGAUUGUGAACCAUUUUAUUUGGGUUCUUUUGUACCAUAACUUUAUACAAUCCACAGCUGAACAAUGAUGAUGACCUGUUGUGGUGCCAAAAUGUUGGUGUUUUUUUUAUAGUCGUAAUGUUCUAGAUUUGUUUCAAUGAUUUAUUUUGUAGUUGUUUUGUUGGUAAGGCUUAAGGCACAGGACAAUCUGUGUUAGCCAACACAAACGCUGCAAGCACAGCUCAGGCUGGCUCCUCCCCACUUCCUGUUGCAGAACAACUACCUCCUGUAGAAUAAAUUACUCCCUGUUGUAGAGCAACUUCCUAUCGUAGAAUAAAUUAACUUUUUUAAUGAGGGUUUAAAGUCUAUGCAAUUAAACAACUACUAUAGUAUAGUAGUCACAGGCAAUACGAAUUUGUAUUUGUGAAUAUCUAGGAAGCAAAUGAUUUUUCCUGUCUGUUCAUAGCUUCUACUGACUAUGAAUCUGUCCACUGGUGAAUCUUUUCCACCUUUUGUUCAUCCUGCCACGUUCACUACUGGCCAGUAUGCCUGUGUAGCCCAUUAACGUGUAUCAUUUGUUAUUUCUCAUGAACUGUAAAACUAACGCCUUCACUGCGCUGUGGUAGCCUUCUGUAUAGAGCUGGGUGUGAUGGUGGCGUCUGGGACGUGUUUAUCUAGCUCACUCGCACCUAAUCUAGUGAAACGUUUAAUGUAAUUCUGAUGUCGGCCACCAGGGAGAGUAUGUUGUCAACCUUAAGUAAUGGCAUUACAAACAUGAUGUAAAUUUGUUUGAAAAAAUCCGUAAAGUAGUCAGAGAAAUUAGUUUAGCAAUAUAUUAAUUCCCUUAACAGUUUGAAGUCCUGGGUCAACAGUUUGAAGUUAACUGUUGGCUAGCUUUUCUGAGGUUUGCUUGCUAAAUUGUUGGCAUGUUAACCAAGUUGGUCUUACAGGUUGAAUGCUGGUCAUCAUGGUCACUGCCUUAGGUCUGGGAUAUGCAAAUGUAGCUUCUUAUCAGAAAAAUAUAAACGAUCGCAAUACGGAACUGUAACAGGCCUUUUUAUCACACUGUACUUUUUUAAACAUUCAGGAGACAGAGUCGGGCAUAAAUAUCACAAAAUACAUGUAUGAACAUCGAUGUUUAUGUUUGAUUUCAUAAUAUUGUACAGAAAUCUUUUUUUUUGUCAUUAUAGUUACACAAGUAAUACAUGGAUAAUUAUGUGGUUCAAUGUCUGAUGCAUUAAAAAUAAAUAUUAAAAAGGACAUUGAACAUUAUUGGCCUGCUAAGAAUAGAAAGAAGCAAGUUUAACAUAUUUUCUGCGUAUCAUGAGAGUAUACAUUCAUGUCUAAAUUCUGCCUGAUUUUCAAAACAAUGUAGGCCAUCACUAUUUUUGUAAGAAUAUGUAUUGUACAUGUCAUCUACAACUCAUUGUACUCGUACGUAACUAACAUCAAUAACCAGCAAUUGUAAAGCUCAUAAUACGUUUAUUUUUCAGACUUGAAAUUAUGCUUGGUUCAAACAUCAAUAAUGUUAUUAAUGCCUAUAAAUGCAUACAUUUGAACUGAGAGUACUUUCUCAUUUCGGUUUUUCAAGUUAGUUAUAGUUCUUAAAUGAAGUUCAAUUGUUGGAAGGCUGCCAUUUAAAGCGCAACACUGCACUGAUUACAAUGUUCCUCUUUAACUGAUUUGUUAACUUUUUACUCUCCAAAAUCAGCACUUUUCUACUUUUAGCACCAAAAAGCCUUAUAGUUGCUGGUGCCAGGUGUUUUUCUGUCUUUAAGCUCAUUUUGUUAUCUGUGUAAUGAAUUACUAAAUUUCUCCUUUUUUUUUUCCUUAUGUUUAUUGUUUUGGGGAUUGUAUAAAUGAUUAAAUGAUGUUAUUGACCGAUAAUUGUGUAACGCCUGAUUAUUAGAAAAUGUAUCUACAACAUAUUAGCAUUCAAGAGUUUAGAAUCUGAACAAGUCCCACAAUUUACUAGUGAUUCGGAGACUACGCUGCACAAUGAUGCACCCUUCAACUGUUAUUUGCCACUCGAUAUGCCAUGGCUAAAUUGUGUGGCGUUUUUUCGUAUCAAAACGUAAGAAUGAUAUACUUCUCAUCAAACAGCGGACGGAACUGAAAGGAAGCGCAGCACACUCCAAUAAAGGCAGGUUUAUACGCCUCCGUCCACACGUCUGUGAAGAUCCUCGGACUCAAGUCGCCAUGCAUAUCUUAAUGCUUAACCAUAGCUUAGCCAAAAUGUUUGCGAUGAUUUUGGUGAAAAAC